AUAAAUACGUGGUGACAAAAACUUGAUACUUUCAAAAUCUUCAUUCAACCUUUCUCUAUUUCCUAAAAAGACAUGGAAGCUUCACAUAACUCCAAUCUCCAAACCCCUAAACUCACAAAACCAUUACAUGAUCUCCUGGAACUAGAACAAGAGGAAGAAGAUGAAGAUAAAGAAGAAACACUCUCUCUCCGAGACCUUCCCCUGAUCAACGACAACAAACCUAGCUCCACCGCCACCACGACCACCACUGAAGACCACGGUGAACCGUCGACGGAACCUUUUGAGUUCUUGACCUCAACUUCCUACGACGUUUCUCCGGCAGAAAACAUUAUCUACCGAGGCAAAAUCAUCCCAUUAAAUUACAAAAAUGCCCUCUUCUCGCCUCCUGAACACAUCAGCCCACGAGUUCGGACAAGAUCCGAGUCCUUGUCUGCUAUACAAGGCAAUAAGCUAAACCCUCCCCUAGCACGCGACAAUGUCGGGCCUAUGAGAACAAGCCGUUCUUUAGAUGAUCGCAAGCUCACACGUCGUUUAACCACCGCAGAUCCUCCACCAGAAAAUGUUUCUUUGACAAAAGGUAAGGCUAAGACUGAGACAGUGUUGUCAGGAAGUGGAAAGAGUGUAAGACCUAGAUGGUAUGUGAUCAUGUUUGGUAUAGUUAAAUUCCCACCAGAGAUCGAGCUGAGGAAUAUAAAGAGUCGUAAAACUCGCCGGAAUGUUCCACCGGUCAUGUUUCCGUCUCAUCCUAACCGGAGAUCUCGAGCAACGUCACCGUCUCCUUCUUGGAGGUUUCUCAACGCCUUAAGUUGCAAGGAGCCCACAAGCGUCGCUGCAACGGCACCGCUUUGGGUUCCGCAUACGUAAAUUACUGUAUUAUCCCUAGGAACCAGUCUGUGUUGUUGCGUGGUUGCUUGCUUUGCCGUUGACUGAGAAGGAGAGAAUUGUCAUUUCUUAUAAAAUUUUGUAAUUCUCAUAUUGUAAAGUUUUUUUUUUUGUGUGAAAGAAUGUCGAUAUUGUUAUUUAUUUGGUGAAACAAUAUCGAUAAUAGUUUAGACCAUAACAUU